CUGUCAACAGUUCACGAUUUCACGAAAUUAUCGGAAGUUAAGUUGAAGUAAUCAUUUGCAGAUAAGGAUCACGAGCGACUGAAACUUGUGACCGAUGAACCUUUGACCCAUUAAUACUAUAUCAUAGUAUGCAGGCCCGUGAUUGUUGUUCUACGGACCGGGUUUGAAACUUUGAGCCCAUCAUAUAGGGGCGGUUGCAUGCUCCGCCACCCACUGCACUGCGGUCCUUGCACGGUACGGUCAGUGACGGUGUAUCAAUCUUUUUGCAGUACUUUUUGCUCUCGCCCUCAAGAUGGCCAGUACAUGUACAUCAUGUACUCAUUUGAGAUACAAGGACAAGGUUGCCUUGGUUACUGGUGGAUCUAAAGGAAUUGGCGAAGGAGUUGUGCGGGAAUUUGUCAAGGCAGGAGCAAAAGUUGCAUUUUGUGCAAGAGGGGUGGAGGUUGGCAAAGCUCUGGAGGAUGAAGUCAACAAGGCUGGGCCAGGAGAAUGUUUCUUCAUUAAGUGCGAUGUCGAAAAUGAAGAGGAGAUUAAGAGAACUGUAGAGCAGACAGUGGAAAAAUAUAAAAGACUAGAUUGUCUGGUCAACAAUGCUGGAUGGCACCCCCCUGAGGAGUCCAUCGAUGACAUCACAGUGGAACAUUUCAAGUGGCUCAUCAACUUCAAUCUCGUCAGCUAUUUCUCCUUUAGCAAGUAUGCACUGCCCCAUCUCCGAAAGAACAAAGGCAACAUCAUCAAUAUGUCCAGUCUAGUAGCUAAGAUUGGGCAGAAGAGUGCUGUGCCGUACGUAACAACAAAGGGAGGUAUUGAUGCAAUGACGAGGGCUAUGGCUGUCGAUGAAGCCAAGUACGAAGUUCGUGUCAACAGCGUCUCCCCUGGCAAUGUUUGGACACCCCUGUGGGAAGGUUUGGCAAAUGCCUCUCCCAACCCUGAGGCAAUGAGGACAGGUGGAGCUGAGGCACAGCUGAUUGGUCGGUUUGGCACGCUGGAGGAAUCAGGCAAGCUGUGCUUAUUCAUUGCUGCCGACGCCACCUUCUGCACUGGCAACGACUAUUUGCUGUCGGGAGGGGCGGAGCUAAACUACGGGUGCAAGACCCAAAUGAAGGAACGCAGCAAUAUCUAUGAGUAAAUUGUCCUUGGGGCCAUGCAGUUCCAUGGAGAUAUUAAGUUGUUUUCUCUGAAUAAAUUUUCCCACCCAAAAACAACCAAUUUGCUUUUUCCUUUUUGAGGCUUCCGAAAAUAAAGGUUCUUGUAAAUUUGGGCCGCUUUUAUCAUUUGGUGUCUCAUUCAAAAUUUGUAUUGCUUGACGUACAAAAUAGCAAUUUUGAAAGUAAGGAAUCUAUUUUUUUAGGAUGAAGCUCGAAUAGAGCAGGGAAUGCAACUUUAACCACACAAAUUUGAUAACAGAGAAAUUAUUUGCAGAGCUAAUACGGGGCACCAACCAAAGUUUCGUGCAAUUUGACCCCGAUACCCAGAACCUAAUCCAAAGAUAUUCACAAAAUCUCGGUUUAAUUUUAAGCUUUGGCUUCAGACUCGUGUUUCAUGGUUUCCCUACGGGGACUGUAGCUAAAUGUGACUCGGUCCAUUUUAUGCUUCAAUAUCACUUGCUUCCAAGUGAUUGUGAAGGCACAGAUGGAGCCAAAGCCAAAAGUGAAGCCAGUGAUUCGGAAAUUGCACCACUUGUUGGUGGGGUUGGGUUGAGGUCUAGUAAAUUUUGGGGCAGCACUGAAAUUUUACUUUGUUAGGAAGACCCCACUGAUUGUUUUUAAUAAGUGCAAAUUGUGUAAUGUAUGAAAAAUUAAUCUAUAAACUAUUUUAAAAUGUCAGUACUUUUAACAAACUUAAUUGAUUCUUUCCAAACAUUGCCAAAAGAGAUAUAUCUUAAGAAAUAAUUUCUGUGUAAAAGUUAGUAGUAAAGCCUGUAUCAAUGUGCCUUCCAUUUCGUAAACACAGGAUUAUUAUGAAAAACUGUUAUAAUUUAGCUUGAAUUUAUCAAUUUGUAACUUCUGUAUCAAUUUCAAUUUUUCAAAUAAAUCUCGUAUCAGUUUCAGUUUGAAUUGGAGUAGAGUGAAUAUUGCUUGGUACUUUUGUCUAAGGAUAAAAAAUAUUUCUUAAGCCAGUUCACGUCUGGACUAUUUGAACAAGAACAGAAUGAGGCGUGGGAUUAUUUUUCACUGGACCUCAACAGAUGGAAGCCAUCACCCUCGGGCAGCGCACUCAUUCAAAUUUCCGGCCUCGCUCCCUGCGAGAGGGUCGCUGACAGAUAUUGCUGGCCUCGCUCCCUGCGUGUUUAUCUGUCAUCCGUUCCGAAUACUGCAAAACCUUAAUGAAUAAACACGUCAUGUGGCGCGAACUGGUUAAAUGUUAGCAUUUAUUCCAAUAUGUAAAAUUUUGAAUGAACUUUACAUUCAGUGUAAAAGUGUAGUUUAGGACACCUCCAUUUUUUACUAGUUCCAUUGGAAAAA